UUUUGUUAAAUUUCUGGUAUCAAAGUUCAUAUUAAUUGCAAUAAUACGCGUGUUAAUGCUGAUUUAAUAAGAGUCCAAGGAAGAUUAGAACCUUUAAAAUACUCUUCUUAAGGUGUCUUAUUUUGAUACUGUAUUUAAACGCCGUGAACGAUAAAAUGGCUUUGAUUCCCGCCGUAACCCGGCUGACCUCAUCUGUUAUCCGGAUCCUGGGCUGCAAUCCCAGUCCCAUGACACUCCAAGGCACAAACACCUACUUGUUGGGCAGUGGAAAGCGGCGAAUCCUGAUCGACACCGGCGACGAAGAUGUGCCGCAAUACAUUGAGCAUCUUAACGAUGUGCUGAAGCAGGAGCAGGCCUCCAUCGACACCAUCUUACUGACCCACUGGCACCACGAUCACGUCGGCGGCGUAAAGAGCAUUCUUGGAACCAAGUUGGCGGACAAGGACUGUCGCGUGUUCAAGUACAGACGCACGGACGCCCAGGAUGUGUGUCCCGAGAUACCCGGACAUAUCAAACUCCACCCGCUGGCACACAACCAGGAAUUCAAGACUGAGGGAGCCAAUGUGCGGGUGGUGCACACGCCAGGCCAUACCACUGAUCAUGUGGUGCUGGCAAUGAACGAAGGCACCCUCUUCAGCGGCGACUGCAUCCUGGGCGAGGGCACAGCCGUCUUCGAGGAUCUGUUCGAGUACAUGAAGAGUCUGGAGCGAAUACUAGACAUCAAGCCGCUGCGCAUUUUCCCGGGUCAUGGCAAUGUAAUCGAAGAACCAAUUGGCAAGAUCGAGUAUUACAUAAAUCAUCGGAACCAGCGAGAAGCGCAGAUCCUGGACUUCUUUGUCCAGCGUCCUAACGAACGCUGGCAGGCGAUGGAUGUGGUGCGGGUGGUCUACAAGGAGACGCCGGAGAACCUCUGGCCGGCCGCCGCUUACAAUGUCAACCAUCAUCUAAGCAAGUUGCAGAAGGAGGGAAAGUUGCGGCUUGACAAGACGGAUAAUAAGGAUGAGGAUGAGAAGUUCUACGUUUACCAGCAAAGUAGUGCCCUCUAGGUGAACUCAAGGCCUGAUUCGGUCUUCCCAAAUGUAUAUAUUCCUUUGAUAUUUAAAGUCCUUGCAUUAGUUUUCUUAUUGUUGG